AUGGCAGAACUUGUUGCUGGAGCAUUUCUUUCAUCUUUCUUUCAAGUGUUUUUUGAUAGGUUGGGUUCAAGUAAUUUCACCGACUAUUUCCGUAGAGGCAAACUUGACAAGUUGGUGGAGGAACUUGAGUCUACACUCGAGUCUAUCAACCAAGUUUUGGAUGAUGCAGAGAUAAAACAAUACCAAAUCCGGAAUGUCAAGAAGUGGCUUGGCGAUGUUAAACAUGCUAUGUAUGAGGCUGACCAACUGUUGGAUGAGAUUGCCACUGAUGCACCGUUGAAGAAGAUGAGAGCUGAAUCUCAACCAUCAACUAGUAGCAACAACUAUUUUAGUUAUGUUUCAGCUUUUAUUAAUCCAUUUGAAUCAAGGAUCAAAGAAUUGCUAAAGAAUCUAAAACAUCUUGAUGAGCAAAAAGAUGUGUUGGAAUUGAAAAAUGGAUCUUUGGCUCGUAAUGAAGUUGGUGUCAGUUCCAAACCUUUAGAGAGACUGCCAACUUCAUAUUUGGUGGAUGCAUCCCGCAUAUAUGCUAAAUCAGUGUCAGGAGAAUUUUGUAUGAGAAUGGACGAAGAUAAGGUGGAAGGUAUUCCUGAAAGGACACGUCACAUUUGGUGGUCUCCUCAAUCAAAUUUUGUUGAUAAAUUACAAGAGUCAAUUUGUGAACUUAAGGGACUACGUAGUCUGUCACUAGAAGGCGAUAGAUCUAUAUUGAUAAGCAACACUGUGCAACGUGAUAUGUUUUCAAGACUAAAACAUUUGCGAAUGUUAUCAUUAUAUGGUUGUGGUCUCUCAGAGCUAGUUGAUGAGAUAAGCAAUUUAAAGCUUUUGCGUUAUCUUGACCUUUCUUAUAAUAAAAUUUCAAGCUUACCUGACACCAUUUGUAUGCUAUAUAAUUUGCAAACACUCUUGUUGCAAAACUGCGGUAAAUUGACUGAGCUCCCUUCAAAUUUUUUCAAACUCUUCAAUUUACGUCAUCUUGAACUUCCCUAUUUUAUAAAUAAGAUGCCAAAGAAUAUAGGAAGUCUAAGCAAUCUCCAGAAGUUGGCUUAUUUUAUAGUGGAAGAGCAGAAUGGAUCUGAUCUUAAGGAGUUGGAGAAACUAAAUCAUGUUCGUGGAACAAUUCAAAUUAAAGGAUUGGGUAAAGUCAUUGAUCCUACAGAUGUUACAACAAGAAUUUUGAAAGAUAAGAAGUAUUUAGAAGAAAUAGAGAUGACAUUUGAUGGCGGAAGAGAAGAUAUGGAUGGAUCAACAGUUGAAAGCAAUGUAUCUGUGUCGGAGGCUCUUCAACCAAAUAGCAACUUGAAGAUGCUCACCAUCAGAGAUUACAGAGGUAAUAGCUUUCCUAAUUGGGUAAAUGGUUGUCAUUUACCUAACUUAGUAUCUCUUACACUAAACAACUGUGGAUUAUGUUCCCACUUGCCACCACUUGGGCAGAUCCCCUCUCUCAAGAAGCUUUAUAUUUCAGACUGUCAUGGAAUAAAGAUCAUCGGAAAAGAGUUUUACAACCAUAACUUCAAGUCUCUUGAAUUUUUAGGUUUUGACAGAAUGAAGAAUUGGGAGGAAUGGUUAUGUAUUGAAGGGUUUCCUUUACUUAAAGAGCUUUCUAUAACGGAUUGUCCCAAAUUGAAAAGGGCACUGCCUCAACACCUUCCUUCUUUACAAAUAUUGCGCAUAUGUGAUUGCAAAAUGCUAGAUGUAUCAAUUUCCAAUUGUGAUAAUAUCAUAGUGUUAGAUAUAUGGAAAUGUGAUCGGGUUUUGAUAAAUGAGUUGUCAUCUAGCUUGAAAAGGUUCACCCUUUGGGGAAAUCAGUAUGUUGAGUUCUCCAUGGAUCAUUUAAUCAACUGCCCCAUUCUGGAAGUGUUGAUGUUGGAUUGCAAGGACUUUGUAGAAUGUUUCUCUUUGAAUUUGUCUUGUCAUAAUUCUCUUUUGAGACUUUCAAUAAUAGGAUGCCGGUCCUCCUCCUUGCCUUUUUCACUACAUUUAUUCACCAAUCUUAAAUGGCUAGACAUCCAUGAUUGUCCAGAAUUAGAAUCUUUUCCUAUGGGAGAUUUACCUUCCAACUUGAACAUACUUGGAAUAUCUAAAUGUCCUAAAUUGAUAGCUUUUAGAGAGGAGUCGGGUCUUCUCCAUCUCAAAUCUCUUGUACGUCUAUCUAUUUACAACUGCCCUAGUCUUGAGAGCUUGCCAGAGGAGAGUCUACCCAACUCCCUUAAACAUUUGUUCAUUAGAGAUUGUCCAUUACUUAAGGAGAAGUACAAAGAGGAGGGAGGAGAGCGUCGCCAUACAAUUAGUCACAUCCCUGAAGUGUUGAUUGACUGGUAG